UAUGUUGCUCGAUUAAAGGAGCUAUAUCAGAGUAAAUCAAUUGUGUACCUGAUUCAUAUGAAAGAAAAAGUGUGGUACGAAGAAAAAAGGACUGUUAUGGGUAAAAUAAACCAUGAUCCAGAGAACAGUGGGGAAGGAAAACAAGAAGGAAAAAGACAAGAUAUAAGUAAUGUGACCAGAUCUAAAGAUGGUCAAAUUGAACUGGAACUUAUCCAUAAAACUUAA